AUGACAGACACAAUGCGCUUUCCCCGCCAUCAGACCGAGCUACAAGACAAGCUGGCGGCCCUCUUCGACGCCUUCUGGCUAAAGUUAGAAAGCCGGGCACAACAACAAGCCUCACUGCACGCAACCAGCCAAUUACCUGACCGGCACCCCUCGCAUACUAAAUACCAAGCCAGGGUUCGAGCGGCGAGGAAGGCCCCAAGGGGAAGGCGGAACAGACCACACACCUCAGCCAAGCACAAGAAGCUAUACAAAAAGAAGCCGACAAGACCCAAUGCGGAAUUCUGCCGAAAUCACACAGCAUACCUGGACACUCCUACUCAGGGAAUUAAACAACCGGACACGAACACACCGGUGCUCAGAGGCCUGAAACCCCUUACUGAACUGCAGUUCGACAAAGUGCCCACAGCGGGAAUCGGCUGA